UAAACAAACUUCCGUCAGAUAGUUAUUGUUUUGAAUAAAGGUGUACUCUGGUUGGCCAAUCUGUGUAUAAUGUUGUGGUCCGUUGAAUACAACUGAGGUGCUUCCUCUAGAGAACCAGCGGAAGGAAAAUCAAAACCAGAUUUCAGUCGUAAAGAUCGUCAGUCAACUUUUAAAAAAAUGUCAGUAGGAAAACGAAAACGAGAAUGUGAACGAUUGUUGCAAAAAGGCGAUGUUAAUGCGUGUUCAGAAGGAGACUUUCCACGUUUGUCAAAGGCUGUAGAACUUGACGAUGUGGAACUUGUCAAAAACAUCCUACAUCGUGGAGCUGACGUUAACAAAACUGACAAGAAUGGGAGGACGUGUCUUCAUGUUGCCGUCUCCAAGAUGAAAGAGUUUAAUAGUUUUAAUGUUCCAGAUAAAAUUUUACAGCCUCGGCUAACACAGAAUAGAAUUAACAAAUCGUUAGAAAUAUUAAAGAUACUACUGGCUCACGAACUUGAUGUGAACAUACGUGACAACUACAGGAAAACAGCUUUACAUUACAGUGUGGAAUAUGAACAGUUAGAAUUUACUAACAUGCUGCUUGAGACAGGGGCUGACGUAAAUUUACUUGAUGACAACCAUGAAACGCCUUUAAUAAUCGCGUCUCGUUUAUAUCUCAACAUACAUAAUAUGAAGUCUGGUGUCGGUAGAGAAGACAUUUCUGUCUAUAGAGGUAGAGUCCAAUCAACAGUUAGUUUAGGGUCUAGGCUCGAAUAUUCAGCCAAAAUAGUAGCCUCUCUCAUCACUCCAGAUGCCCGUGUGGACAUUGCUGAUAAAGAUGGCUACACGGCCUUACAUUUUGUUGACCAGACGGACAACGUUGAUCUAGUUGAACGUUUGCUUGCUGCAGGUGGCGAUGUCAGAGAUGCAGCGAACAACAAAGUAGCAGUUCUGCAUCUUGCAGCGAAAAACGGCUCCUGUGAUAUUAUGGAUAUUCUUUUAAAUGAUCCGCACAUUUCAGAUGUGAUUAACGCAAGAAUGACAACGUUACAUGAAAAAUCCAGCAAACGUCUGAAGAGGCACCAUGUCCAAGAACGUUUGGGUCACAGUCCGGAAGAGAAAAUUUAUUUUUUAGAUCGCAAUGACAGACGUUCACAAGUUUGUCUAAAUACUUUGUCUGGUAAAACUGCCCUGAUGGUUGCGUUAGAGAACAGCAACGAGCAGACAGCUUUGAAAUUGUUGUCUCUUGACCCUGACCUUAAUAUCCACACCGAUGAAGGCUACACAGCGUUGCACUUCGCUGCACUUGGAUCAUGCACAGACGUAGUGCGGCAUUUGCUACACGCAGGCUGUAAUGUAAACAAGCAGACAGAAGAAGGACACACGCCUUUAAUGUUAGCUGGAAAUAAAGAGAUUGCUCUCCUGUUGUGUGACGCAGGUGCUGACGUGAAUUCGGUGGAUAAAAACGGCGACAAAGCUUUACACCUGGCGAUAUACAGAAGCGAAACAGACGUUGCUCAAGUUUUGAUAGAUAAAGGCACUGUCAUUGAUGGAACCUUACCUGAACCUCUGCCGCCUCUGGUAUUGGCUGCAGCUCUGAAUGCGAUCACCAUUGUCAAGAUGUUACUUAAAGCUGGAGCUAACGUUGACGUCUUGUCUUCUCAUGGGAUAUCCCCAUUGAUGGCAGCCGCUGCUACUACUAGUGAUCUCGGAGGAGACAGUAUCUCUCCUAUAUUUCAAAUCCUCCAUGAACACGGAGCUGACUUUAACAUGACAGGCAAGAAAGGCAGGACAGCUCUCAUGUAUUUAGUCAAACACGGCGAUAUGCAGGCUUAUUUAGAAACACUUGUAUCGCUUGGAGCCGACCUUGACGUCAAAGACAGAGACAACAAAACAGCGCUAGUCUACUGUUUAUCGCACACUCAGCAGUUUCAGUAUUCAGAAAAGUUGCUAAAUGCUGGAGCUAAUCCUGUGGUUGGAUCAGAGUAUCGCUAUCUGAUGGGUAAGCUUGUAUUGAGAUACCGACGUCCGGCCUGGUAUAGAGAUAAUAUUAAACCUAAGCAAAUACUUGAGUUCAUUGUCCUCCGCCGCUUUUGUAAUUACCUUCGAAUGCUGGUGUGUAACGGUAUUGUAUUAAAAGGUUUAAAUCGUGUAAAAAGCAAUGGAGAAACAGAGAAGAUGACAGCUAUGAUGUUAGCUCUAAAUUAUCAAAACCGUGACGUGAUAAAAUAUCUUCUAGCAACUUGCUACUUGACUGUACACGAUCUCAGAGGACUACGCCAGUUUUACCAAUCAGAAUUGUUUCCAUACACUAGAGAUGAGCUAAAAAAUGUCAUAUACGAAGCGAUUACCGAACCCUGGCCCCUGGUCAAACUUGCUUUUAUAACGGUGUCGACAAUGUUGGGAGAAAGCCCAGAGAGAGAGGAGCGUCUCUCACAGACCAGUUUAGCACCUAAACUCAAACAACUUUUGAUGUUCCAAUCUCCAGUUUCAUUUCUUCCUGUCAGUGAUUGGAGCAAGAUUUCCUUGUGUUAUGAUCCUGUUGAUUAUGAAACCUUGCAACGACCUCGACCUUUGAUGCAUCACUGGCCUAUGGGCAUUAAUCUUGUUAGCUAAAAUGGUUCUAUUUUCAACGCUUUAAUAAUUAUACCAUAUUAUAUUACAUCAUCUGCCAUCUUCAACCAAGCUAUGCAUCUAUACAGCAUCUCACAUAAUACUGCAGCAAAAAUAAGACAAGUGGAUCUAGUCAUUGAGAUUUAGUUGGUUUUGUUUUUGUCUAGGGAGGAUGUAAAUAAUAUAUAAAUACAUCGAGGGAGGGAGGGGGGAAAGACUAGGGCUGGGUCACCAUAAUAGUUAUAGAAAUAUAAAUUACAAAAGUUAAGAACAAAACAACUUAUAUAAAAUGCAAACAUUCUACAAAUAAGCAAAAUAUAUAACUUUUUAUAAGCCUUCAUGUUUUUUUUAUUAUUCAUUUGUAAAUUUAUCUAUGCUAGUCACUAGAUCCACUUAUGCAAUACAAAACUGCAACACAAAAACACUGACUUCAAAUACACAACAUCUUUGUACUUUUAACCAUACAUUUUAUUUACAAUCACCAGACAUAAUUAUGUUUGACAUCUAACUUGUUGAAGGCAGAAAGUUGAGCUAGAAUUUUUAUAUAAGCUUCUAUUAAUUAAAAAUGAUAAUUCUAAAACGGUUUUCAUUGGUAUAC